AUGCAGUGCUAUACGGAGCUGCUGCCCCCAUCGGGGGUCACUCAUGCCUUGGCGGUCCCCUUUCUCUCUGCCACAGCCAACAAUUUGAUCGUGGUCCGAUCAUCUCUGCUGCAGAUUUUCUCUCUGCUCAAGCCGGCUGCUCAGCGGCUGGCAGAAAACGCCGAGACCCACACAACAGCACCAACUCACCCACCAGAGACGAAGCUCAUCCUGGAAAAAGAGUACCCAUUACCGGGAACUGUGACAGACUUAAGCCGGGUCAAAACAUUGAACAGUAAGAGUGGUGGUGAGGCUAUUCUCGUUGCCGUCCGCAAUGCCAAGCUCAGCUUGAUUGAGUGGGAUCCCGAGCGCCAUGGCAUUUCGACCAUCUCGAUCCAUUAUUACGAGCGGGAUGAUCUGACUCGUAGCCCCUGGGUGCCCGAUCUCAGUCGCUGUGGUAGCGCCCUCAGCGUGGACCCCAGCAGUCGGUGCGCGGUGUUCAACUUCGGGGUACGCAAUCUCGCCAUCUUGCCCUUCCACCAAGCGGGAGAUGACCUGGUUAUGGAUGACUAUGAUUCGGAGCUUGACGGCGCACGGCCGACUCAAGACGCUGAAGCUGGAACAGAUGCCGGGAAAAGAAAGGAUGGGGCUGUACACCAUACGCCCUAUGCGGCGUCCUUUGUCCUGCCAUUGACAGCCCUGGACCCUUCAUUGCUGCAUCCUGUCAGUCUUGCUUUUCUUUACGAGUAUAGGGAGCCGACUUUUGGCAUUUUGUACUCCCAAGUUGCGACUUCCACUGCCCUACUUCACGAACGGAAAGAUGUGAUGUUCUACACGGUCUUCACGUUAGAUCUGGAGCAAAGGGCGUCGACAACCCUUCUGUCAGUCUCGCGACUUCCCAGUGAUUUGUUUAAAGUGGUAGCACUGCCCCCACCCGUGGGAGGAGCUCUCCUUAUUGGCGCGAACGAGAUCGUGCAUGUCGACCAAGCCGGCAAGACCAAUGCGGUUGGAGUGAAUGAGUUCUCCCGACAGAUAUCAUCGUUCUCGAUGAGUGACCAAUCCAACUUGGGUUUCCGCCUGGAGGGCUGUGUUGUGGAGCGACUCGGUGGUGCUAGCGGGGAUCUUCUCCUCGCACUUGCGUCUGGGAACAUGGCCUUGAUCAGAUUCAAGCUGGACGGUCGAUCUGUGUCGGGUUUGACGGUCCAUUCUUUGCCUGCGCAAGCGGGUGGAAACCUCUUGAAGUCGGCUGCCUCAUGCUCGACUUGCUUCGGCGAUGGCAAUAUCUUCAUUGGGAGUGAAGAAGCAGACUCUGUUCUCCUAGGGUGGUCUCAUUCAGCAGCAGUCUCUGCCAAAAAAGCGCGCUUGGAGUCCAAGCAUGCUGCUGGAGAGAUAGAGGAUUCUUCGGAUGAAGAUCAGAUGGAAGAUGAUGCAUAUGAAGACGACCUCUAUUCGACAGCACCGGAGCCAACGCAGACUAACUCGCGCACGGCUUGUGGAGGUGCAACAGCCGAGUUCUACCAUUUCCGAUUGAAUGACCAGCUGUCUUCGAUUGGCCCCCUGCGAGAUAUUGCACUGGGCAGACCCUCUCAAGUUUUGAGUGGCCAAAGCCAAUCGACAGAUGAAGAUGUCUCGGCGGAGUUGGAACUUGUGGCAUCACAUGGCUCCGGUCGAGCCGGUGGGCUGGUUGUCAUCAAGCGAGAGAUCGACCCUCUGACAGUCUUGUCUAUGACAGUCAAUGAUGCUGAUGGAGUGUGGUCGGCGACUGUGACCCAGGGAAAGAAGGGAGAUCCCACUAAUGCCAGCGAUUCUGCAGAGAAUCUAUCCCGUCAAUAUGUGAUUAUUUCACGGCCAUCAGAGACGGACAAAGAAGUUUCCGAGGUCCUAGCGGUUGAGGGUCAAGAACUAAAGCCCUUCAAAGCUUCUGAAUUCAACCCAAAUGGAGACCACACUGUGGAUAUUGGCCCGCUUGCAGACACUACUCGCUUAGUGCAGGUUCUCCGAAAUGAAGUUCGAAGUUAUGACAUGGACUUGGGACUGGCACAGAUCUAUCCCGUAUGGGACGAGGACACUGAUGAAGAACGGUUUGCGGUCAGCGCGAGCUUUGCGGAUCCUUAUCUUGCGAUUCUACGAGAUGACUCCUCUCUUUUGCUUCUUCAAGCAGAUGAUGGUGGAGACCUUGAUGAAGUUUCACUUUCAGAGGCUGUUUCAAAUCUGAAGUGGCGCUCCGCUUGUCUCUAUCGAGAUAUUAAUCAAGUCUUUAGUUGCCCAGGCUCAACGCCGGCCGGCACUGCUGACGGCAACAUGCUUCUGUUCCUUCUAAGCCCCGAGUGCAAGCUCUCGAUAUUCAACCUUCCAGACAUGAAGCUUCUAUCGACCAUCGACGGCGUCGACUGCUUGCAACCUGUAUUGUCGCCUGAACCUCCCCGGCGCGCCAAUACACGGGAGCCUCUUAAAGAAACUCUUGUUGCUGAUCUCGGCGACCGCUGGGCUACGUCCCCAUACCUGAUCGUUCGAACUGAGAACGACGAACUUAUUGUUUACAAGCCGAUUGUCACUUUAACCGAGGCGGAAGACGGCUCCUCCAGUUACAUACGGUUCUACAGGGAAUCCAAUUAUAACCUGUCAAACGUGGCCUCGGGAACAAUCAACGAAUUAGACAUGCAGCAACGUGCAAGGCCGCUACGAGUCCUACCAGAUGUUUCGGGAUUCAGCACAGUCUUUAUGCCCGGAAGUACGGCUGGGUUUAUCCUGAAGACCGCAACAAGCUCCCCACAUCUAGUGCGCCUUCGAGGCGAGUUUACUCGAUGGCUAAGCUGCUUUGAUUCGGCGGCCUUUGGCUGCGAAAAAGGAUUUGUUUACGUCGAUUCCGAAAGCAACAUCCGAGCUUGCCAACUCCCACCGGCGACCCAAUUCGACCACCCCUGGACUCUGCGCAAGGUUCCCCUAGAUGAGCAAGUUGACUUUUUGACGUACUCAACGUCAUCCGAAACCUACGUCGUCGGCACCAGUUCCACUGUAGAGUUCAAGUUACCCGACAACGACGAGUUACAUCCCGAGUGGCGCAACGAGGCGAUAACCUUUUGCCCGGAGGUCCCCCAGAGCUCGAUCAAGGUAAUCAGCCCGAAGACCUGGACGGUCAUUGAUGCAUACCCGCUAGAAGUCGCGGAGCAUGUGACAGCCGUGCAGAACGUGAACAUGGAGGUCUCGGAGAAUACGCACGAGCGGAAGGAUCUGAUUGUUGUGGGCACGGCCAUUACCAAGGGCGAGGACAUCCCCGCGCGCGGAUGCAUCUACGUCUUCGACGUGAUCAAAGUGGUCCCCGACCCGGAGAAGCCCGAGACAGGGCGUAAGUUGAAACUGAUUGGCAAGGAGACGGUGAAGGGUGCUGUGACGGCGCUGUCCGGCAUCGGCGGGCAGGGCUUCGUGAUUGUCGCGCAGGGGCAGAAGUGCAUGGUGCGGGGUCUGAAGGAAGAUGGCAGUCUUCUGCCGGUGGCAUUCAUGGACAUGCAAUGCUAUGUGUCCGUCGCGAAGGAGCUCAAAGGCACAGGGAUGUGUCUACUGGGAGACGCGGUCAAGGGGCUCUGGUUUGCGGGCUACUCGGAGGAGCCUUAUAAAAUAGCGCUCUUCGGCAAAGACCCGGAGUACCUGGAGGUGGUGGCAGCGGACUUCCUGCCGGAUGGAAGCAAAUUGUUCAUUCUAGUCGCUGACAGCGAUUGCAACCUGCAUGUGCUGCAGUACGACCCAGAGGACCCCAAGUCCUCCAAUGGCGACCGCCUGCUCCACCGAAGCAAGUUCUACACGGGCAACUUUGCCACUAAAAUGAUGCUUCUGCCGCGUACGGCCGUUCCAUCGGAACUUGUGGAGGCGACCGACGACGUGAUGGAUGUGGACAACACUCUAUCGACGCAGCAAGUGCUGAUCGGGUCGCAAAACGGAUCGCUCGCGCUGGUGACGGGCGUCGCAGAAGAGUCGUACCGGCGGCUAUCAGCGCUGCAGUCGCAGCUGACGAACACGAUCGAGCACCCCGGGGGACUAAACCCGCGGGCGUUCCGGGCCGUUGAGAGUGACGGGACGGGCGGGCGGGGGAUGGUGGAUGGGAAUCUGCUGCUGCAGUGGCUGAAUCUGGGGAAGCAGCGCCAGGCGGAGAUCGCGGGGCGGGUCGGCGCGACGGAGUGGGAGAUCCGGGCCGAUCUGGAGACUAUUGGUGGAGACGGGCUGGGGUAUCUGUGA